CUGAUAAUUGUUGGAGGAAUGACGUAGAACACCAUUAUCCUGUAAAUAAAAGAUGGAAUCAAUGGAUACAGUAGGAAUCCUACUCCUCUUCUAACACUGGAUUCCACUUGAUUCUCAAACCCUAAUUUGCUUCACAGAUUGCAAGGAGGAAGAUGCUUUUCGACGACGUAGUUAUAAUUAAGCAGGCGGAAAAGGAAGACGAAGCUACUGUAAUCACAAUCAAUUGUCCUGACAAAACCGGUCUUGGUUGUGAUCUUUGUCGCACCAUCCUCUUCUUCGGUUUGAGCAUUGUUCGCGGUGAUGUAUCUACAGAUGGAAAAUGGUGUUACAUAGUGUUUUGGGUAGUUGGGAAACCAGGUACGCUAUGGAGUUUAUUGAAGAAGAGACUAUUGGAGGCUUGCCCUUCUUGUUCUUCUGCUAACACACUCAUAUUCUACCACCCUGAAUCACAACCACCCAAGCCUGCAGAUGUGUUUCUCAUCAAGUUUUGCUGCCAUGAUCGACAAGGCCUGUUACAUGAUGUGACUCAUCUUCUUUGCGAGCUUGAACUUGUUAUUCAAAGAGUCAAAGUAUCAACCACCCCUGAUGGAAUGGUGAUGGACUUGUUUUUCGUGACUGAUACAAGGGAACUUUUACAUACAACAAAACGAAAGGAGGAUACACAUGAUCAUUUAAAAGCUGUUCUUAAAGAUGAUUUGUUAAGCUGUGAGAUAAAAAUGGUGGGACCCAAUUUCACAGCAUGUUCUAAUGGCCCACCAUCUUUUAUUCCUCCAGAAAUCACAGAAGACAUGUUUAAUCUUGAAUUGUUGGAUGAAAACAAACAUGAAAGUGUUUCAGUUUCAGUUUCAGUCAUGAUUGAUAACUCCUUAAGUCCUGCUCAUACACUUGUCCAGAUUGUUUGCCAUGAUCACAAAGGAGUCCUCUAUGAUAUAAUGAGAACUUUGAAAGAUUACAACAUUCAGAUAUCAUAUGGGAGGUUUAUGAAGAAAGAUAGAAAAAUUUGUGAACUUGAUUUGUUUAUAGUACAAGCUGAUGGAAAGAAGAUUGUGGAUCCAAAUAAACAAAGUGCAUUGUGUUCUAGAAUCCGUAUGGAAUUAGUUCGCCCUCUAAGGGUAGGUUUGGUCAACCGUGGGCCCGACACAGAGUUGGUUGUUGCAAAUCCGGUGGAGUUAUGUGGGAAAGGGAGGCCGUUGGUAUUUUACGAUAUUACCCUUGCUCUCAAGAUGCUGAAUAUGGACAUAUUUUCGGCUGAAAUUAGUAGGCAUUUGAUUGGAGGGAGAGAAUGGGAAGUUUAUAGAGUUUUAUUGAAUGAAGGGGACAAAUUGUGUGUGCAGAAGGGUAAGAUUGAGGAAGGGGUUAGGAAAAUGUUGAUGGGUUGGGAUCGAUGAUGAUAGUGGUAUUAUUGUAAAUACAAGAAAGGAGAGGAUGAAAGAGGUAAAAUCACUUCUUUGUAAAUACACGUCUUUGUAAAUAUGUUUGAUAUAGAAUUCAAAACUUUGCAAUAGGUAUAA